GGCCUCUAUAUUACCGAUCUGCGCACUAACUAGACGAUGAGAGUGUAUGCACCCGCACGCUCUUGUGCAAGCCAAAACAUUGUGCGGUCAGAUCGUCGCUUCAAGUGGAUAUCUCUAGCGACGUUAUGGGCUGUGAGGGUGUAGUCGUCACGGCAGCCAGCAACAGAUCAAGAAUUUGGUUUCUUUUCGCGAUCCCUCAUGUGAGACGCGGCAUUCCUUCAUUCCGAACUGCAUAUUCUAUUCAGUUGCCGCAUCUAUUCAGUUACCGGGUGAUGCAACAGUACAUCAUGAUGUAAUACGGGCUUAAAAACAGGCCGAUUGCGAACCGCUUCAUACUUAACAGUCCAACCUCUCCACCUAGACAUGUCUACCGCAGCAUCUGAAGCAAUCACCCUUCUGGAAGAAAACUUCACAAUCAACUGUGCUACUAUCGCCGGAGCAGCGCUCAUAUUCUUCGACUAUGUCAUAACAUUUGGCCAGGAAGUCCAGCUGUUCUGGGGUGAACAAUCAUUCUCUGCAUGGUUGUUCUUUGCCAAUCGGAUGGUUGCACUGCUCUAUGCUAGCAUUUCUGUCUGUUGUAUGGGAAACAUCGUGGCGACCAAUGUGGUUUUCGAACUCAUUGCGGUAACCUCACAGGUGGUUACAAUGUUACGAUUAUACGCCGUGACAGGUGGCGACCGACGACCUGUGAUGCUCCUCGCAUUGAUGGCGGUGCUCAACGUGGUCGUGAACACCUACAAUAGAUUCGCCCAAGCAGCAUAUUCUGUGGUCAUAUUGAAUAGGACAGCCGUAUGCAUCCAGUCUCUCACUUCAACCGCCGCCAUCAUGACGCUCGCAAUUCUCUGGCGCAAGCUAUACGUUGACCACAGACCAGCCAUCGCUGAUCUCCUGUCUACGAGGAAUCCGUCGCUUGCAGCGCAGCUACUCAGAGAUGGCACAAUCCAACUGACGUGAGGAAUGGAAUCGGAAAGAAUUUUGCAACGUCUGAAGCAUAUGUUUUAGAGCACUACUACUACUCAACUUAUUACAGACCGUGUUGGAUUUCGUGAACCCCGUAAAUGCUUGUUCUUUCUGCUCACGCCGCAUCUUCUGCAAGAUACUAAUCACUCUGCCACACAUGAUAUGCAUAUCGCAGACUGCUGAAGAGGUCAUCGAAU